CGUAGAUGUGCUCUAGGACACAUACCUGUUUAACUUCCCUGGUAACAACGCCAUGAGCGACCGUGGAUGGACUUUGUAGAGUUGGCUCACUCUUUCUUUCUUCGGGAUGGUAGUGUAGGUACAAACUUGAGCCUCUGUGAUCCUUGUCUGGUCACAUCAGAAGGCUUUUUGGCCAGACUGCCUAUGGCUUUGGGGACGGACGGUCCUGGUGUGCUCGAUGGCGCCGAGGACGCGCCCACAUUGCUACUGUCUGCCAUGAAACCAGAUAAAUAUGUGAAAAGAGUUAAGUGCACAGGUGUGCACAGCCACGUGUUUAUCUACUGAUCUGCGUUUCCCAACUUUCCUUUGAUCAAGUAGCAAACCGCGAUUUGCACCUCCAUUCAGGCGAUUAGCUGCAGUUGCGCCCAGUUCUCAAUUUCUCGCACGAUGGGAGAACCAGAGCAUAUCAGGGCGACAUACAAUGACAUACACAACAUCAUCAGAGGAGUAUCGGACAAGAUUGCGUCUGAGUUCAAGCCAGACAUGUUUAUUGCGAUAGGAGGAGGUGGCUUUUUCCCAGCUCGUGUAUUGCGUACAUUCCUGAAAGACCCGUCAACGAAAAGGAAUAUCCCAAUUCAAGCCAUUGGUCUCUCACUCUACGAAUCUCUUCCUGGUACAACUUCAGAGCAGCUCGGCAGCGAAGUUAUUCGCACCCAGUGGCUAGGACCAGACCCAGGCAAAAGAUUGCUCGGGAGGAGAGCGUUGAUUAUUGACGAAGUCGACGAUUCGCGCAAAACUCUCCAAUAUGCAUUGAAAGAGCUCCAGAAAGAUGUUGAAUCAGAACUCCAGCUGCUUCCAGAGUCCGAGCGUGACUCGCAACGCACCGAGUUUGCGAUCUUCGUGGUACACAACAAGCUCAAGCCAAAGAUUGGAGAGCUACCACCAAAUAUCCCAUACUUCUUCGGUGCUGAAGUAGAGGAUAAGUGGCUUGAUUAUCCGUGGGAAGCCAUUGAUAUCGAGGAGCAUGACCGUCUCGCAAAGGAGGACAAGGAGAAGAAGACUGCAAACGAGCACUGACAAUAUAGACCAGGAUGUAUGUAUAUGCUGAUAAAGUAUUUGCUUCUGGACCAAGUCCUUUUCAUGAUCGAUUUUCUUGUGCUUGGCUUGUGCAGAAAACUUUUCAGUCGCGUCGAUCUAUGUCAUUGUGACAUCUGUCCAUAAUUUUUGACAUGCAAACGGAACCAAUUUUUGAAAAACGGUUUCGCGUUGUUUGGAAGUUAGUAUUAGCAAACACCGCCAAUUGAAUU